AUGCCUCUGUUAUCAAAGCCUGUGGACACUACUAGGACAAACAAGAUAUUCUCAAGCAGCUUGAUUGUACUGGUCUUGGUCGGCUUGUAUCAGUCCAAAAAGAGCUGGCAAAAGACAGCCAAGCUAAAGCAGAAUGAAAAGCAAAAAGACAUCUCCAGCCUGUUUCCCAUCAUUGAUUUCUCGCAAAAGGUGGGUGUCAACAAAGAGUUCAGACGGCAGUUGACGUCGAUUGCACACAUUUUGUUUCCAAAUUGGCACACCAAGGAAAUCCUGCUGUUGGUAUUGCACACCAUCUUUCUGGUAUUGAGAACAUAUUUGAGUGUGGUGGUGGCACGAUUGGAUGGUCGCAUUGUUAGGGAUUUGGUCAAUGGCCAUGGAAAGCGUUUCUUGACUGGUUUAGGCUACUGGUUUGCCAUUGCCAUUCCUGCAACUUACACCAACAGUAUGAUCCGCUAUCUGCAAUCAAAACUGUCCAUUGGAUUCAGAACUCGAUUGACCAAGUACAUUCACGAUUUGUAUCUGGACAAGGAAAAGACAUUUUACAAGGCCAUCAACCUGGACAGCCGUAUUCAAGGCGCAGAUCAAUUUAUUACCACUGAUGUUGCCAAAUUCUGUGAAACCUUAUCGUCACUCUACUCUAAUCUCGCAAAACCUAUUCUAGAUACCAUCAUUUUCAAUUACCAGCUCACAAAGUCCAUUGGUCUGGUAGGCAUGGUUGGACUCACCAUCAACUACUUUGUCACAGCCAAACUGCUGCGUGCUGUUACUCCAUCUUUUGGUAAACUAGCUGCCAUUGAGGCAAAAUUAGAGGGUGAUUUCCGUGCUGCUCACACUCGUCUGAUCACCAAUGCUGAAGAAAUUGCCUUUUACAACGGUGCCGAGUUGGAGCAUUCCAUUCUCAACAAGACCUAUAUGAAGCUCAUCAAACACAUCAACUCCAUCUACAAGAUCCGUAUCAGCUACAAUAUGUUUGAGGAUUUCCUCAUUAAAUACGCUUGGGGUGCAUUUGGCCUUAUCAUGUGUGCCAUUCCCGUUUUCACACCACAUCUGGUCGGUGCUGUGCCUAUCGACACAUCCAAAGACGAUCCCAAUGCUCAAGUGGGCGCUAGAACAAAGGGAUUCAUUACCAACAAACGUUUGAUGAUGUCCUUGGCUGAUGCUGGUGGACGCAUGAUGUACUCUUACAAGGAACUCGCUGAGCUGGCUGGCUACACAUCCCGUGUCUACAAUCUGAUGUCUGUGCUGCAUGCUUUGCACAAGAACAACUACGAUGGACCCAAGGAAGAAGUCGCCUACACCUUGACCAACAUUCACGGUAAAGUGGUAUACGACGAUGAAAAGGGUAUUUCGUUUGAGAAUGUGCCUAUUGUCACUCCUGCUCCUGGUCAAGAUCGAGUAGGCGAAGUUUUGGUAAACAACUUGAAUGUGCAAGUGCGCCCAGGAGAGCAUUUGCUGGUAACUGGGCCCAACGGUGUAGGCAAGACGGCUGUUGCUCGUGUCAUUGCUUCGCUGUGGCCUGUGUUUGAAGGUACCUUGACAAGACCUACUGAUCGCGACAUUUUCUAUAUCCCUCAACGUCCUUACUUGAGCUUGGGCACAUUAAGAGACCAAGUUAUAUAUCCCCACACAAAGCAGCAAAUGAUGGAUGCAGGUCGCACCGAGGAAGAGUUGAUGAAAAUUUUGGAAAUCGUGCAUUUGGCUUAUAUUCCUGACAGAGAAGGAGGCUGGGAGACUCAAAAGGAAUGGAAGGAUGUCUUUUCGGGAGGUGAAAAGCAAAGAAUUGGCAUGGCUCGUUUAUUCUACCAUCAUCCCAAAUUUGCCGUGUUGGAUGAAUGCACUAGCGCAGUGUCUACCGAUGUGGAAGGCCUCAUGUAUUCGCAUGCCAAGGACAUGGGCAUCACUUUAUUGACCAUCUCUCACCGCCCUGCUUUGUUCAAAUACCAUCGCUUCCUCUUGCGUCUUACUGGCAACAACGGUGAAUGGGAAUGGGAGGCAAUCGGUACCAAAGAGCAAUUACAGUCUGUUGAGAAGGAGCUUGCUAGCUUGCAAUCCAAAUUAUCUCAAGUAGAUGCCCUCAAGUCUAGAUUAGCAACCAUAGACCAAGAGCUUACCUUGAAAAUGUAA